CAAAAAUAAGCGCUCCCGAGAUAGUGGUGGCAGGCCACGGUUCAAGGCUAUCAACAAAACAGGUAGCCAGCAAAAAAAAGACCGUCCCUGUUUUGCUCUCUUUCAUCCCUCUCUUUGCCGGCUGCCAUCCACAUUGGGAUCUCGAAUUCACCUUGGAUUUUGUAGCGUAGGGCAAGGCCGCGCCUUUUCUCAGGCUGCCCUGCUGCGUCAAGUGUCUUCUGUCGCAGGUGAAUCGGUCUAAAUGUCUCCGUAUUUUUUGCUGGAUUUCGGCUACCUGCAGAUAAGGCGGCAUGGCAUCUUGGGAUUUAGCUGAUCUCCUCUCUGUUGUCUGCUCUGCUGGCUGGCUUAACAUGAAGUUUUCAACACAGGAGGGAUCUAAUAGCUGGGAUUCUUGGUGGCACCGAUCACGAAAGGAUUCAAAGCAAUAUACUGAAAUAAAGUUUCAGCACACGGAACCUAAGCGUGCAGCUGAUGGCAAUCACUGAUGAUCCGAAGAAAGAGGCAUCAACUUGGUCCAUUUUUAAUUGGAAUAACAAAGCAGAGCCGGAGGUCGAGCAACCGAGAAUGAGAAGCACCCAAGAGAUCCUCACAAAAUAUAAAUUCAACGGGGAUGCUGCCGCGGCAGCGGCGCACGCAAAGGAUAAGCUCAUGGAGCGGCAGGAGAAACUCGCGAAAAUGGUCGAAGAAUCCGCAGAGUUUGAGAGCGAGGCGGAAAACUUUGCCACCCUCGGUCAGCAGAUCAGGAAAUCCCUGGAGACCAAGAGAUGGUGGUGGCCAUCGUGACUCACAAACCAAUCGUCCGGUCAUCGAGCGAUGUGAUGUAGUAGCUUAAAAAACACUCUUAUAUUAUGAAACGGAGGGAAUAAUGCCAAUGCGUUUAGCAUGCCUGGCUGCUGUACUGCUCUGCGCAUGCUAAAUGAAACGAAACCAAGACGCUACCUUUUAGCAACAAGUGGGAAUGAUUGUGGACGGAUACAUGUAUCUACUCUACUUAGUUUUAAUAAUUUCGUGAUGGGGAUGGCUGACGACCGUGCGAUUAACUUCUCACCCGCCAGCGCCAUACAUCACAUGUACUAACUCUUAUCUUGGACGGAUAAAUGGUACGAGGAGGCAUAUUUUGCUUGCGGACUGAAUGGUGCUAAGAGGGGACACGGGUGGCGUAUACCAGCCAUCGGUUGGAGGCUUCUCCGAUUGGACUGUCCAUCGAUGAGGUUAGGCUGCUACUAGUUCCCUUUUCCACUUGCCACGUCGGACGGAGGGAGUAUGACCCUAUAAACAGAGACAGGAGCCUGUAGUGUAGCAUCAAUUAACUAUCCUGUGGUUGUACGUAGCAUAGAUUAGACCCUGUUUGUUUCAUAAGUCCUAAGACUUUUUUAAGUUCCAACUUAUAAGUCAUAAGUCCCUACCUGUUUGUUUAUAGGGACUUAUAAGUUUCGAAUCCCUACCUGUUUGUUUACAGGGACUUAUAAGUCCAUGUUGCACCGCUGCAACGAGGCUCAGGAGAGGGCUUGUCC